CGCCGGCGACGCCGGCAAAGAAGAAACCAAAGACGGCCUUUCCCCCCGCGCAGGUCCCAAUCGAGAUGGCGCUGGUGUCCGAGUUCCUGGGUCAGCUGACGUUGUCGUACGGCGCGGAGGCGGAGCCAGUCUUUCCCACCGUGGUGGCCUUCCGAGACUUCGACCCGAUCGGCGACGCCGCACGUCUGGACGCGGCCCUCCGGAGCAAAGGAGUCGACGAGCAAAGCGUCAUCGACAUUCUGACGCGAAGGUCCUACGAGCAGCGGCGGGAGAUCGCCUUCGAGUACGAGCGCCUGGCCAAGAAGGACCUGCAGACGGCCCUGAAGGGGGCGCUGUCGGGAUCCCUGGAGGCCCUGAUGCUGGGCUUGAUGAAGAGCCCCGCCCAGUACGACGCCCUGGAGCUCAAGGCGGCCAUGAAGGGCCUGGGAACCGACGAGGAGACGCUCAUCGAGAUCGUCUGCUCCCGAAGCGACCGAGAACUGGCCGACAUCCAAAAAGUCUACCGAGAAGUGUUUAAGAAGGAGCUGGAGAAGGACGUGGCGGGAGACACGUCGGGGGAUUUCGCCAAGCUGCUCCUGGCCCUCAUUCAGACCACGCGAGACCAGCCUUCCAACGUCAUCGACUACGAGAAGAUCGACGACGACGCCAAGAGCCUGUACGAAGCCGGCGUGAAGCGCAAAGGAACCGACGUGGCCGUCUGGAUCGGCAUUCUGACGCGGAGGAGCGCCCCCCACCUGCGGCGAGUCUUCCAGCGCUACAAGAGCUACAGUCCGUACGACCUGAAGGAAAGCAUCGGCAAGGAAGUCAAAGGGGACCUGGAAAAAUCCUUCCUGGCCCUCGUGGAAUGUUUGGAGGACAAGCAGGCGUACUUUGCCGACAGACUCAACGAGGCCAUGAAGGGCAAAGGCGCCAAGGAGAAGGUGCUGACUCGCAUCCUGGUGUCUCGAUGCCAAGUGGACCUGAUGAAGAUCAGAAGCGUGUUCAAGAAGCGACACGGACGCUCGCUCUACCGCGCCAUCAGCGAGCACACCAAGGGCGACUACCAGAAGGCUUUGCUCAGCUUGUGCGGAGGAGAUGACUGAACUCACUCCAACGUGCCUGCGCGGGUGCGAGACCUGACACGCACGCACGCACGCGCGCCCUCGAGUGCUUCCCGGGGUGCACGUGUCGAUCACAGAUUAAAAAAAAAAAGAAA